GACCAGCUUUCUCUGUUAGCUCCGACGCGGGGAGUCCUUGGCCCCCGGAAUGCGAGAGGGAGAGGCGCAGGGGGCUCCGGGAGCGGGGCGUGGAGCCAUCGCCCGGGAAAGCUGGGGCGCCAGAGUCCUAGUUGGAGGCUCCACUGGAAACCACCGGCAGGGCAUUGAGGAAGCGAAGGCUGGGACCUUUCUUGGGCACCCUUCCCUUCUUGGGGUGCUAUGGAGUUCCCAGAACACAGUCAGCAGCUGCUGCAGAGCCUCCGGGAGCAGCGGUCCCAGGGUUUCCUUUGUGACUGCACUGUGAUGGUUGGCAGUACCCAGUUCUUGGCCCAUCGGGCUGUGCUGGCCUCCUGCAGCCCCUUCUUCCAGCUUUUUUACAAGGAGCGGGAAUUGGACAAAAGGGAUCUGGUGUGUAUUCACAAUGAAAUCGUCACAGCCCCAGCCUUUGGGUUGCUUCUGGACUUUAUGUAUGCUGGCCAGCUGGCACUUAGGGGUGAUACUCCUCUAGAGGAUGUGCUAGCAGCUGCCAGCUACUUGCACAUGAACGACAUUGUCAAGGUGUGUAAGCAACGGUUGCAAGCCCGGGCUCUGGCAGAGGCGGACAGCACCAAGAAGGAGGAGGAAAUUAACUCCCCUAGUUUGGAGUUUUUGUCAGGCACUUCUCGUGGCCCUCAGCCUUCGUUGGCCUCUGCUGAGCCGUCAGUCCGCUGGAGCAAAGAGGAGUGGAAGGGCCCAGCUACUCCCUUACCUAUUGCCCGUCCCGCAGAUGAGCCUCCAGUGCCUGGUGGGGCUGACACAACACAACCCAGCAUGGAGAUUGACUCACCACAUCUACGGGCACCUCCCCCACCAGUGGCUGAAGUCUCUGUCUCUCUGGCCAGUCCCAGUAGCUCCACAGAGACCAUUCCUGUAAACUACUUCUCUUCUGGCCUCCCAACAGUUUCGGUGGAGCCCUUGACCCCUCUUGAUGUGGUUCCUGAGAGUCUGAGGGUGGUGGAACCAAGAGAUACUGGAGGACCCUUGCAAGGCUUCUAUCCACCAGCUCCAGUCCCAGCCCCAGCCCCUGCCCCAGCUCCAGCCCCAUCCCAAGCUCCGCCCCCAGUUGAAGCUGAGCUGGUCCAGGUGAAAGUAGAAGCUAUUGUUAUCUCUGAUGAGGAGACUGAUGUGUCUGAGGAGCAGUCUCAAGGACCUGAAGGACUCUUCCCACCCAGAGGAGCAAUGUAUGGGGGGCAGCCCUCACAGCCAGAGGCUUUUGAGGAGCCGGGGCCAACAGGACUAGAGGAGGUGGGACCAAGUGAUCAUUUCUUGCCUCCAGAACCUCAUCUACCCUAUCAUCUGCUGCCAGGUCCAGGGCAGUAUCAUCGAGGACUGGUGACUUCACCCCUGCCUGCACCACCAGCUCUGCAUGAGCCCCUUUACCCACCAUCUGAGUAUGAAGCUGCCCCAGGAAGCUUUGGCGGUUUUACCGAGGAUGUUCCCACCUGUAAGACAUGUGGAAAGACCUUUUCAUGCUCUUACACCCUACGGCGACAUGCCACAGUGCACACUCGUGAGCGACCCUAUGAGUGCCGCUACUGCCUGCGUAGCUACACGCAGUCAGGGGACUUGUACCGCCACAUCCGCAAGGCUCACAAUGAGGACCUGGCCAAACGCAGCAAACCAGAUCCGGAGGCUAGUUCCGUUCUAGGGGUGCAGCCCCUCUCUGGCUCCCAGACAGAGAGACAAGGCAGUGGUGGUGGAGGACCACCCAAAGAUUUUAUACUUGGUCCCAAAAAUUAGCACCUGGGGGUGCAUGAGCAGAUGCCAGGCCUGCUCUUGCCACCCUCAGAUGGUCACACAGAAGGUUGGAGGCAUCUCGUCAGCACCAGGUGACAGAAUGAAGGUUCUUCUCAGACCAAAAGGACGUGGCCUUUGUUCUGUCCAGCCAGACAGCAGGACUUGACAGGGCAGAGCAGGUCAGCCAGCAUUCUCCCAGGGCACUGGGAAUUGUCCUGAGGUGUAACUGUUUAUUUCAUUAUGGAAUAUAAAAUUACAGUGAAAUUAUUUCUUUGA